AUGAUUUAUAAAUCCAUUUCCUUUAAUUAUUUUUUUUUGCUUUUAAUUUCUUUACAACCAUUUUUAGGGUAUGAUAAAUUUGUUUCUAUUUCCGCAGAGAAUCCAUUUAAAAAACCAAAAAAUUGCUUUAAUUAUUCUUUAUAUUAUUAUGAAAUUAAAUGUAUAGUUUUUGAAGGAAGUUUAAAUAAAGAUGGGAAAUCGAUGGUUUUUGGACUUAAAAAUAUGAGUACUUAUAAUUGGAUUAGAUGUCAAACAAAGGAAGCUGAAAUUAUUAACAUGAAUAAAGAGUCCUUUAAAAUUACACAAAUACUUGACUUGAAUAAUGGCGACAUUUUUGGUUGUGGAUUAGUUUAUCCGCCAACUACUAAGUUAGAUGAGGAAGAAGAAUUUCCCUAUAUGUUUUUUACACUAAACGGGAAACAGAUUGGUAAAUAUGUAUUUAAUGAAAAUAUACUAUUCAGUUAUCUCCCUACGAGGUUAACCAUGAGGACAUACACUUUGAGGACCUAUUGUCCCGGAAGACCCACGACUUUUGAAAAGGAAUAUCGAGGGAUUUAG